AUGUCAAAUUCAGCCUAACGCGCAUACAGUAUCGGCUCAUGGCGUUGUCUCGAUUUAUGUCUCAAUCCUUAUCCAGGGCGUGUUUCCGCCCAACGAUCUCCGUAACCAGCCAUCGCCGCCACCGCUCCAGCAAAACUCAGCACGGACAGUUUAUUGAGGUCGACCUCGACGGCGCGUCUUCGGCGCAGUCCGAUUCGGCGGAGGCUGGGGCUGAGGUUAUCACGGUGCGCAUCAGGAAGCUUGAGGAUGCCAUACACAGCAUCAUCGUGCGCCGCGCCGCGCCUGAUUGGCUGCCCUUUCUCCCUGGCUACUCCUAUUGGGUCCCGCCGCGCGCUUCCGCUUUGCGAAAUCACCCUGCCGGAAGCCUGGUUGAGGCUAUUGAAAAGAUGAAUUCGUUGGGAACGACGACAAAUCGGCGGUUGCCGAACGAGUUAUCGGAGGAUGAAAAAAUGUCUCUCUCGUCUUCAAAAGGCUGGCCUUCAUCCGCUGUUUUCAUCGAAGGAGGUUUCAAUUUUAUGGAGAAUGGCAUUGUGUAUGAAGGACAGAGGGCUGUAGGUAUAGAUUUUUGCAGGUCAAACUUCUGCAGCCAUGACUAGUGGAAUUGUGCAACAUGAUCUUGCUUCUGACUCAUUUGCAUAUGCCAUUUGGAGUAGCUAGUUGCUGCCUUUAGAUUAUCCCGGAACAAUUGCAACUGCACUGCAACUUUAGACGCGGUCCUAAAGAUCCUAUUGCGCUUAACUUGCCAUUAGUUCGGGUUGGGGAAUAUAUAUAACUUCUUGGUAUGCCACUAGCUGUAUGGAGAGCACAUUAACACUUCUGUAUGCAGCUUCACUAUCUGCUGAUCUGGUUUCAUGUAUUUUGAACGUUGGAAUGAAUGUAGCCCUAAACUAAACUGCAGAGAAUCAAGGGCUUGGUGAAGAGAUUGUUUGUGGGUCGCAAAUAUGCUUGGUUACAGCGUAAACUAAAGUUAUCCGGGAAGAUUGUGUUCUCCUUUAUUAAGUUUAAUGGCACAACUAGAACUGCUAUGCAUUCUACAAAAUAGUUCAAAGAAAUUCGAGAUAUAUGCCUUGUUGUACCAGUUUUAUAUAUUGCUGAUGCAUUUUAUCUUGCACCCUAGGUACUUCACCUAUACAUCCUCUUCCAACGAUAAAAGUGGAGGAUGAUGACAAUGCAGAUGA